AAAACAGGAAGGUUUGAACCCUAGCUUUGUAGUUCUGUUCUCUCUCAAAACCUCCCUUAAACCCUCCCUUUUGAAUUCCCAAAUAUAUACGCAAAAGCAGAAGCAAUUGAGGAUGGCAGUACUUCAAGCGAGGAAAUUUCUGGCACGAAGCUUUUCAAAUCUUUCCGCUCAUCCUUUACGUGUCUGUAUCGUUGGAAGCGGACCUGCUGGCUUCUACACCGCCGAGAAGAUGUUGAAGAAGCAUCAACGGUCGGAAGUGGAUAUCAUCGAUCGGUUGCCGACUCCAUUUGGAUUAGUACGCUCCGGCGUUGCACCUGAUCAUCCCGAAACAAAGAUUGUGACCAAUCAGUUCUCUCGGGUGGCACAAAAUGAGCGUUGCUCGUUCUUUGGGAAUGUUAAUCUUGGAACUUCAGUUUCACUCUCAGAGCUUCGUGAACUUUACCAUAUAGUUGUGCUUGCUUAUGGUGCUGAAAGCGACAGAGUUCUUGGUAUCCCGGGAGAAGAUCUAAAAGGGGUACACUCAGCUAGAGAAUUUGUUUGGUGGUAUAAUGGGCAUCCUGAUGGCAUAAACUUGGAUCCUGACUUGCAGAGUACUGAUACAGCUGUCAUUCUUGGUCAGGGAAAUGUAGCUCUUGAUGUUGCUCGUAUCCUCCUUCGACCGACUUCUGAAUUGGCAACAACAGAUAUUGCAAGCCAUGCUUUGACUGCUUUGGAACAGAGCUCUAUAAGAAAAGUGUAUCUAGUUGGAAGACGAGGACCAGUUCAAGCAGCUUGUACUGCAAAAGAACUCCGUGAAGUUCUUGGUAUUAAAAAUUUAAGCAUUCAUAUAAAGGAGGCUGAUUUGAAGACAACUCCAGCUGAUGAGGAAGAAAUGAAAAGCAAUCGAAUUCAUAGGAGGAUUUAUGAGUUGCUCUCUAAAGCAGCCAUUUCAGGAUCUGCCCAACCUAGUUCAGGUCAACAAGAACUUCACUUUGUUUUCUUCCGUCAACCUGAUAAAUUUCUGGAAUCAGAUAACAGAAGGGGACAUGUGUCUGGGGUGCAACUUGAGCAGACAGUUCUUAAAGGUGUUGGUCCUGGAAGACAGAUUGCAGUUGGCACUGGACAGUUUGAAGAUAUAGACUGUGGGGUUGUGCUAAAGAGCAUUGGUUAUAAAUCAGUACCAGUUGAUGGUUUACUGUUUGAUAAUCAAAAAGGUGUGGUUCCAAAUAUCCAAGGUCGAGUUCUAAGUGACACUUCUGGAGAUCCUGCACUGCUUGAGAAUGGUCUUUAUGUAUGUGGAUGGUUGAAGAGAGGACCAACUGGGAUUAUUGGUACAAACCUUUAUUGUGCUGAAGAAACAGUUUUGAGCAUAUCUGAAGAUCUUGAACGAGGAGAGUUGGCAUCGACAGCUACCUCACCAAAGCCUGGCAGAGAAGGACUCCUUGAGUUGUUGAACAAUAGAAAUGUGAGAGUUGUACCGUUCAGUGAUUGGGAAAAGAUUGACACUGAAGAGAAGAGACUUGGAAGUUUGAGAAACAAACCAAGAGAAAAAUUAACCACGUGGGAGGAACUGCUGAAAGCUGCAAUGGCGUGAUUUUUUUUUUGCAGGCACUGCUUUUUAAUGCUGCAACCAGUCAAAAUUGUUCACUCUUGACCUAAGAGAAAAUAACAAAGAAGAAAAAAAAAGGCUUUUUAGAAUUAUUAUGGAAAGGCUUUUCAGAAUUAUUAUGGAAAAACCCCUCAAGUUAUGGAAAUUUAUUUUGGUGAAUAAACCUGAUUAUAGCAUUAUUCAUCAUUCCUGGAAUCAAAUAUGAUGUUGGGA